GCGCGCCUGCGCAGCGCGCAGUAGCCCUCGCCGUCGGGGGAAGGAGGGCGCGUGGGUGCUAAUUGGCCGCGGCGGCGGCCCCGUCUCCGAGUGGCGUGCGGUCACGUGACGCGACGGCUGGGGGCUCCCGGCGCGGGGGACGCUGGUGGCCAAGAUGGCGGCGGAGCUGGUGGAGGCCAAAAACAUGGUGAUGAGUUUCCGAGUCUCCGAUCUUCAGAUGCUCUUGGGUUUCGUCGGCCGGAGUAAGAGCGGACUUAAACACGAACUUGUCACCCGGGCCCUCCAGCUCGUCCAGUUUGACUGUAGCCCUGAGCUGUUCAAGAAGAUCAAGGAGCUCUACGAGACGCGCUACGCCAAGAAGAGCUCGGAGCCUGUCCCCCAGCCCCACCGGCCCCUGGACCCCCUGACCAUGCACUCGACCUAUGAUCGGGCCGGCACGGUGCCCAGGACUCCUCUCACAGGCCCCAACAUUGACUACCCAGUGCUCUAUGGGAAGUACUUAAAUGGACUCGGACGGUUGCCCGCCAAGACCCUCAAGCCGGAGGUGCGCCUAGUGAAGCUGCCCUUCUUUAACAUGCUGGAUGAACUGCUGAAGCCCACUGAGCUGGUUCCACAGAAUAACGAGAAGCUUCAGGAGAGCCCAUGCAUCUUCGCGUUGACGCCCAGACAGGUGGAGCUGAUCCGGAACUCCAGAGAACUGCAGCCUGGGGUCAAGGCCGUGCAGGUGGUCCUAAGAAUCUGCUACUCAGACACCAGCGGCCCUCAGGAGGACCAGUACCCGCCCAACAUUGCUGUGAAGGUCAACCACAGCUACUGUUCGGUCCCGGGUUACUACCCCUCGAAUAAGCCUGGAGUGGAGCCCAAGAGGCCCUGCCGCCCCAUCAACCUCACCCACCUCAUGUACCUGUCCUCGGCCACCAACCGCAUCACCGUCACCUGGGGGAACUAUGGCAAGAGUUACUCAGUGGCCUUGUACUUGGUGCGGCAGCUGACCUCCUCAGAGCUGCUGCAGAGGUUGAAAACCAUCGGGGUCAAGCAUCCGGAGCUGUGCAAGGCGCUGGUCAAAGAGAAGCUGCGCCUGGACCCCGACAGCGAGAUUGCCACCACUGGCGUGCGGGUCUCCCUUAUCUGCCCACUGGUGAAGAUGCGGCUGUCUGUGCCCUGCCGGGCAGAGACUUGCGCCCACCUGCAGUGCUUCGACGCCGUCUUCUACCUCCAGAUGAAUGAGAAGAAGCCCACCUGGAUGUGCCCAGUGUGUGACAAGCCAGCCCCCUACGACCAGCUGAUCAUCGACGGGCUCCUCUCCAAGAUCUUGAGUGAGUGUGAGGACGCCGAUGAGAUUGAGUACCUGGUGGACGGCUCGUGGUGCCCAAUCCGCGCCGAGAAGGAGCGCAGCUGCAGCCCCCAGUGCCCUAUCCUCGUGCUUGGCACCUCGGACACCAACGGGCUCCUAUCCACCCCCAAUGUCAACGGCAGUGGCAGUGUGCUCGGGGGCUCCAGCAGUGGGGUCAGCACAGUGGGCAAUGUUGAAAAUGGGAAGCCAGGAGCUGACGUGGUGGACCUCACGCUGGACAGCUCUUCAUCAUCAGAGGAAGAGGAGGAGGAGGAGGAAGAGGAGGAGGAGGAGGAUGAUGAUGGCCCCCGGCCCAAGCGCCGCUGCGCCUUCCAAAAGGGCCUGGUGUCGGCCUGCUGACCGCUUGCCGCCACCCACUGGCCGGACACUCAACUUUCCUGGUGCUCACCACGUGGAGGGGCGCAGGCGGGCCUUGGGGUGCAGAGGGAGGAGUGAUUUUUCUUUUUCUUUUUAUUCAUAUGGUUUUUCCACCCCUUUUCCUGGCUCCUGGCACCUGUACCUCUGGACUUUCCUAUCGGAGGAUUAAAAAAAAGUAAAAUGACCAAAAAAAAAAAAAAAAGUACAAAAA